CUGACAGCUCGGUCCAUGGAAAAGAUCGUCUUUCACAGAGAGAAAAGGAAACGGGAGAAUCCCCGAUUCGACUGAGGUGGACGACAGGCCGACCAAAUGACCCACCUGGAAGAAUGAUUCAAGAGCAUCGUCUCAUUGGAAUUUGAUUGUGUUUAACGAAUGGGAAUAUUCCAGCGUUAUGAUACGCCCAUGCGACGAGAUGUAUGUAUGUUGUGAUGUACAGUGAACGAUCUAGGUAACCAGAAACAUACACCUGAAUCCAGAAAAUACGGUUAUUUUGAGAGGAAGCCUGGAUGAACGCAUGGAUGUACCAUUAGCCGUAUCUCUGGACUGCAAGAAAUAUUGUUGUAGAAUAUAAAAAUGAACUAAGUUUUUAUUAUUAUUAUUAUUAUUACUACUACUACUACUAGUAGUAGUAGUAGUUACUAUUAUUAUUGCAAAGAUGGUGGACGCAUCUUCUGCUGGCUUUUAUUUAGGCAACAGAAACACAUUAUGGAGAAACAUUUCGUAGCCUUGCUAUCACCACGACCUGGAUAAAAGUCACCUUUAUGCAAGCCAUUCGCAUCACUCAUUUCUCAAAUUAAGUUCAUAUGUUUCAGUAUGUAUCAUAAAAAACAACCAAUACUAACAGACGUUUCGCUUAAGCGUGUCAAAAAAUGAUGUAGGCUAUAUAUACGCAACAGUCCCUAGUUUUAUGAAUCAGCUGCUUGGUGACUAUAAAAGCUCUAGCUUCUGUUCAAAAUGACAGCCAUAGAAAAUGAGGACGAAAUGAUCGAGGUAAACACUCGCACGUGUAAUUGAUAGAAAUAGGCUAAGGUAAAGUGACUGGCGUUGGUUUUUCAUGACGUGUAUUAAAAGGCAAACCACUGUAGAUCUGCAGUACAGUCCACAGCGCUGCCAUCUCUCUGUUAUGAUUCACAUCUUAAAAUGGAUGCGCGUUUUUCUUAAAAGCUAUUCAGAGACUUCAACUGGCUAAUACCGUUGCCGAUUUGCAGGAUUUACACGAUAGUGUUAAGUGAUGUUAUAAAGGUGGAAAUAAUUGUGGAUGCUAGGGCAUCUAUGUAAACCUGUCAAAUAUGAGCUGCAGGGGAAAAAAUGUAUGAAGAUGCUAUAAGAUUGCACAUGCAUGACCUUUAAGGCUAUGAAUAUUCAUUAGCAUCCAUUGCAAAGAAUAACAGCGAUGUCCUGUGCAUUUGUGCAAAUAUGACAUGGAUCAGAUUUCGAUGGAUUAGAGUCAACAUUCCAAUAUAAGCUCUUCACCUAGAAGCACCAUAUUAUAUGAUGUGGGGCCAACUGUGAGAAAACCCACCUUGUUCCUGUUGUUAUCAUGUUGUACAAUCCAUUUUGUUGAAGAGUUGAAAAGAGAAAUUAAUCAGGCUGUCUACAAGACCUUCACAGUUUUUAUUGGAAAAGUCAAUGUCGUUUCAAGCAACCAAAAAUACUUUUUGAAUCAACAUCCUCCAGAUUGACUUGAUAUUCUGACCUAAUCUCAAGCACUUUGGAUCUCAUGUUUCUUUAUGUAAAACUUUUUACACAAUGCAAAGCAAUUAUUCAAUAUCCUCUUCCUAGUCUUAUUAGAGCUGCAAGCACACACACUAACUGAAUGACAGGUUGCAUCUGUUUGAAAGUACAAGUCUCUUUAAAUGUUAAGACACACACAAAGUGAGCUGUGGACAAUCCAAACAAUCUGUGAGGACGGUGCAAGGGCAGCCCAGCUGCAGCUUUACUUAUUGAUUUCUUCCCUUUUCAAGAAGGCCUGCACUCAGUAGAUGGGCUCUGCAUGGAUAUUGUGCGUGAGUUGACCGAGGGCCUCCUCCAGCAGUUGAGACCUCAUCGCUGACCUGUGCACUCAGCAAUGGACCCAUAUACAAGUGGAGUAGGAGGUGGUAGCAGCAUAGCCCCGAUACCUUGCACCAGCAGUGGGGGCUCCUGUGGCCCUCCACUUCCCUCUGCCCUCCCUGCAAAUACAGCUUCAACGCCCUGCCUGACACAUGCAGAGAACAGCAGGAGCUGGAACUCCUCGACUCUUUCAUCUUCUGUGGAGUCCCCAGAUUCCCAUCUACCCCAUCACCAUGAAGGAAGUAACACUUUAUGGACGGCUGUGUUCGACUAUGAAGCCACAGCGGAUGAGGAGCUGACCCUGCGGCGUGGUGACCUACUGGAGGUACUCUCAAAGGACUCUAAAGUGUCUGGAGAUGAGGGUUGGUGGACUGGCAAAAUACAGGACAAGGUGGGCAUAUUCCCCAGUAAUUAUGUGACUCGACGGGAUACCACCUAUCCUGCGUUGCCCCCUGGAGGCCUGGUUGGUGGGGAAUCUCCACUGGAGAUUGAUUUCUCAGAGCUGUGCUUGGAGGAGGUGAUUGGCGCCGGUGGGUUUGGUAAGGUCUAUAAGGGUGUGUGGAGAGGUGAGGAAGUAGCUGUUAAAGCGGCCCGUCAGGACCUCGAUGAGGAUAUCAGUGCCACGGCAGAGAAUGUGAGGCAGGAGGCCAGACUCUUCUGGAUGCUCCGACACCGCAACAUCAUCUCCCUGCGAGGUGUUUGCCUACGGGAGCCAAAUCUUUGCCUGGUUAUGGAGUACGCCCGUGGUGGGGCUUUAAACCGGACACUUGCUGGGAAGAAGGUGCCCCCUCGGGUACUGGUGAAUUGGGCAGUUCAGAUUGCGACUGGAAUGGACUACCUGCACAACCAGACCUUUGUGCCAAUCAUUCACAGAGACCUCAAAUCCAGCAACAUUCUGAUUCUGGAGCCUGUGGAGAGAGACGACCUGAGCGGGAAGACUCUGAAGAUCACAGACUUUGGGCUUGCACGGGAAUGGCAUUGCACCACAAAGAUGAGUGCAGCAGGCACGUACGCCUGGAUGGCUCCUGAGGUCAUCAAGCUGUCCCUGUUCUCCAAAAGCAGCGAUGUGUGGAGUUUUGGAGUGUUACUCUGGGAGCUGCUCACUGGUGAGGUGCCAUACCGGGAAAUCGAUGCUUUGGCUGUAGCUUACGGUGUUGCCAUGAACAAGCUGACGCUACCCAUCCCCUCCACCUGUCCUGAGCCCUUUGCACAGCUACUGGGAGAGUGUUGGUGUUCUAACCCACAUGGUCGUCCCUCUUUCGGGAGUAUCCUGAGGAGACUGCUGGCCAUUGAGAAGUCCGCCAUGUUCCAGAUGCCACUGGAGUCUUUCCAUUCCCUACAGGAGGACUGGAGGCUGGAGAUCCAGCAGAUGUUUGAUGAACUACGGGCGAAGGAGAAGGAGUUGCGAUCUUGGGAGGAAGCUCUUGCACGGGCAGCCGAGGAGCAGAGAGAGCAGGAGGAGCAUCUGAGGAGGCGCGAGCAAGAGUUAGCCGAGCGGGAGAUCGACAUUGUAGAGAGAGAGCUCAACAUCAUCAUUCAUCAGAUGUACCAAGAGAAACCACACGUGACAAAGCGCAAAGGCAAUUUCAAAAAGAGCCGACUUCUCAAACUGGGCAGAGACAGUAACUGCAUCAGUCUGCCCUCUGGGUUUGAGCAUAAGAUCACAGUGCAAGCUUCACCCAGUGUGGACAAGAGGAAAGGUCAGGGCAGUGAGAGCACCACUCCUCCAGCCAGCCCAGGGGUCAUCCCUCGCCUCAGAGCCAUAUGCUUGGCACCCAGUGAUGGGAGGAAGACAUGGGGCAGAACAGCAGUGUGUAAGAAAGAGGACCUGGCAGGGACCAAGAAGAAGGGUCGAACAUGGGGACCCAGCUCCACACAUCAGCGAGAGAGAGUGGGUGGAGAAGACAGGUUGAAAUCACUCGGGGAAGCAAAGGUGUGGUCAUCCAGUGCUCCAAAUUUAGGGAAGUCCCCAAAACAUGCUCCCAUGACAGGGUUCUCAAGCCUAAAUGAAAUGGAGGAGCACUCUGAGUUUGAAGACACUUCCCCAGCCAGUCUUGCCCCAGACCUGAGCAGUAAUGGGGCGAUGGAGGAGGUGGUCUCCGGAUCAGUGGGUGUAGGGCCAGGUGGAGGCUCACAGGACUCACUUAGACGCUGCAGCCAGAGGAAGAAGAGUGACCUUCUGCUGCUGGGCUGUGCUUCCAUCCUGGCCGCUGUGGGGCUCGGAUCUGACAUUUUAAAGCUAGGACGACAGCAGAUGAGUCAAGAUGAGCAGGACCUGCGAGAGGAGCAGAGGAAGAAGAAGGACAGCCUGUUCCAGCGCACAGGCCGAUUCAGACGCAGCACCUCUCCACCCAGCCGCACGCUGUCACUGUCCCUCUCCCACAACCGCCAUCAUGACUCCACCCUGCCUAGCAUGGACCCCUCUCCCUCUGUCACGCUUCUCUCCCUUUCCUCCCUCUCCGACUGCAACUCCACCAAGUCCCUGUUGCCCUCUGAUCCCGAUGACUUUGCUCUGACCCCCAGCAGUGCCCUCCCGGUAGUCUCUCCUGCUCCAGCAUUAAACCCUCUGCUGGACCUGAGGGCAGAGAGCUUCAAACGAGAGCCCAAUCAGUCCCUCACCCCCACCCAUGUCUCCGCUAGCAUGGCAUUGAACCGCGGGCACCGCCGCACACCCUCUGAUGGUGCCAUCCGUCCUCGAGCAAAGACAGUCGUGGGGCAUCGCCGCACCCCCUCUGAUGGGAGUAUGCCCUUUCCCCCUCCACCAGCCCCCACAAUUACACCAUACACAGGUUCUCAUGAGACUCUUGACAUUCCACGUCUACCUGACCCAUCUAUGGUCUACCCCCCUGCCCAUCGCCGUAAACCUGCCCCUUCAAUCUCAGUGCCAGAGCCAGACAUUCAUACGGGCACGCUCGAGCGUCCCAAAACCCUUGAGUUUGCUCCCCGCCCACGACCCACCCCAGCGCGGGCACGUCCAGACCCCUGGAAGCUCUCGUCUCUGUCACGGACACUCAGCUCAUCUCCCGGUAGCAGCUGUGAGAGUCCGCUGGGAUCAGGAGAUAGUGGAGUAAGUGCAGGGGUGAGCGCUGCUCAUCAAAGCCUCCUGGACAUGGAUAUGGAGGGACAGAACCAGGACAGCACGGUCCCCUUGUGCAGACAACACCACCCGCAGCCCACUCUGUGUGGUAAACAUUUCUCAUAGAAAGACAUAGUUCUCACAGCCUGGGAUAAUGCAUCCCUAACCAGCACUCUGUGACAGUCGUAAGAGUUUGCCCUCUGAUUCCAGCAAACCACGUUUUGUGAUAGUCAGCUCAAAUGGGAAAAGCUGCUCACUGCGGUGGCUAGACAGAUGCCAUCUAGACAGGUUGGGACCUAGUUAAGAGAUAAAUGACCUUGAUUUGUUUAUCUCAGCCUCUCUGCAAUGACUCAUUGUCUCUAAGCUUAAUGGGCUUCAUAAUGGCUGAGGUUGUUUGGUUAAGUGCCAGCCUAUAGCAAGAAGCUUUAUUACAUGGAGCAGGAGAGGGCAGUCUAUCUACACCCCUGUUUCUCUGUAGGUCUGUGACCUUCCUUGUUUUUCCAUAUCUGCUAUCAUAGAGUCCGUCUCUCUCAUCUUGGUCUUCGCAGACACAACCAGUUUUUGGUCUGAAGGAAAAAUUACAAGCUCUUUUUUUUUUGCUAUUGUUCCUUCCAGUGUGUAAACAUUGUGAAGUUCAGUAAGGGGCCAUUCACACGGGACGUGUUAUUGUGUUCGAGUGUGCUGUUUGUCAAAGGAAUGUUCUGGGUUCAGUACAAAUUAAGCUCAAUGAACAGCAUUUGUUGCAUAAUGUUGAUUUCCACAAAAGAUUAUUUCAACUCAUCCAUCAUUUAUAAAAAAAUAAAUAAAAAUUGUGGCUGCAGUAAGGCUCUUUCAAUGGAAGUAAAUGGGGCCAGACCAUAAACGCUAAACAUACACAUAGUUUUAAAAGUAUUGUUAGCAUUAUUUUAGUGUGAUUAAAUUUCUUACUAACCGUAACGGUGUAAAGUCAUAUUCAAUAUUACUACUUCAUUGUCAUGACGACCUAACGCUGGCAAUCUGGUACACACCAUAACGCCAUUUAAUCCCUGAUUUUAUGACACUAAAAUCAUGUUAACACGUAUAAUGUUGAUGUCUUGUGCCUAUACUUUUGAAACAGUGUGUAUUUUAAUGUUUAUGGACUGGCCUCAUUCACUUCCAUUGUAAGUGCCUUACUGUAACGAGGGCAUAAAAUAAGGGCAUAAAGGAGGGACCAGUUGAAAUUAUUUUUUUGUGGUAAUCAACAUUAUGCCACAAAUGUUGUUGAUUGACCUUAACUUGUAUUGAACAAACAGUAACGCUCCUGUAACUGGUUUUUAUAUUUAAACGUGCAAGGUAGACAUCUUUGAACAUUGUGAGUGACCUGUUUAUAAAACACCAUGUCAAGUUUAAAACCGUUAAACUUUUAAAAAACGAGUCUUGAGACAUCUGCGUUCUGUUCCAUUAUGUUGCGCCUAGCUGUUUUCAAACUCAAGAACGAGUCUUGAGUGAAUCGCCGCCUAAUUAUUUCUUAUUUAUAUUACAAUCAGGAGAAUUGUGAAUGCAAUUUAUUACAAUGGCACAUGAAGCUCUUUGCAUUCAUUGUAACAUAUUGACACAAUACAAAAAUAGGUGUACUAUAAGAAUCUUAUAUUUUUCUUUGUGAAAAAAAAAAGUCAUCUCAUGGACUCUCUGCAAGGCCUAAUCAGAAUGUGAGAGCAGUCCAAAUGUGAAAUUAAACGUGGUUUGGUGUGCUGUGCUCAGAGCAGAGGCUUUCUCUCCAUAUGUGGAGGUACUUAUUGUGUGUUUGUGAAUGUGUAUGAGUGCAUGUCAGUUUUAAUGAACCCUGGAUGAGCAAACCCCUGCUCUGCUUAUUCAUUCUCCUCUAAAAUAAAAAUCCUCUGAAUAGCCUCCCUUCUUUCUCAACACAAUUACAGCUCCCUUGAGGAGCAUUAUGAGGAGAGCGGAAGGGCAGAAAUGGGGAAAAGAGGGUGUUUUGUUACAAUUUGCCAUAAACAGCAAACGUGUACUACCUGUUUUUUUAUUAUUGUGUACCAAAUAGCCAGACGGACCUCCUUAAGUGGAACCCCUGACGUUCUUCCUCUGCCUACUCAACAGUUCAGCUCAAGAGUAAAGAAACAGUAUGCAUGUACACAAGAUUUUACCAUGCGUAACCGCAGAGCAUUUUGAAGGACAGUGUCAUGGCAUGUGAUGACAUCAUAAUGACGUUAUUCUGUUGACGGACUUGAGUGUGCUGAGAAACACACCAGAGGUUUUUCAAAUUCUUUGUGCUGAACCGUUACACCUGGUAGUAGACAGUAUUUUAUUGACUGUCCACCAAUGAGUAUGCCUGUAUGUGUGUGAGAGAUCGGGUGGGUGCGUGUGCAUGUGUUGUGUGUUCUUAUUUGUAUGGGGUAAUUCUCUGUGCAGGGGUUGAGCAAACCCACCCCCUUAUUUCCUGUGUGAGGAACACAAAGUGUAUUUAUUAAAAUAAUUGUUACAAUUGAA